AACAUGCACAUAUAAGUACUACCAUACUCAUUCUCCAAAUUAAUGUUCUUGUCCUAGUUAGCGGCGAUGCUCAAAUAGGAUAUCUUCAUCACUCAUAAAUCAAAAUCCAAACACAAAUUUCCAUAUCCAUACCUUCUACAUAUUUAUCCAACAUAACCAUGGUGGCCGCAUCCAACGGAGGGGCUGAUUUCGGCACCGCGGCCUUCGCGUCUCAGGUGAUCACGGGGCGAUGGUUCAUGGUAUUCGCCACCACCCUGAUCAUGGCCGCAGCAGGGGCCACCUACAUGUUCGGCCUAUACUCCCCAGAGAUCAAAACAUCUCUAGGGUACGACCAGACGACCCUCAACCUCCUCUCCUUCUUCAAGGACCUCGGGUCAAACGUCGGGGUCCUCGCGGGUCUCAUCAACGAGGUGACCCCACCAUGGGUGGUCCUCUCGAUCGGCUCGGUCCUCAACCUCUUCGGCUACGUGAUGAUCUGGCUGGCCGUCACGCGCCGCAUCGCCCGCCCCCAGGUGUGGCACAUGUGCCUCUACAUAUGCAUCGGCGCCAACUCGCAAUCCUUCGCCAACACCGGCGCACUCGUGACCGCGGUCAAGAACUUCCCCGAGUCCCGGGGGGCCGUCCUCGGGUUACUCAAGGGGUUCGUUGGCCUCAGCGGCGCCAUCAUCACCCAGAUCUACAACGCGGUCUACCACAACGACCCGAGAGCCCUCAUCCUCCUCAUCGGGUGGCUCCCUGCUGCCAUCUCCUUCAUCUUCCUCCGCACCAUCCGCAUCAUCAAGGUGGUCCGCAUUCCCCACGAGCUCAAGGUCUUCUACAAGUUCCUCUACGUCUCCCUCGGCCUCGCCGGAUUCCUCAUGAUCCUCAUCAUCCUCCAAAAGCAGCUCAACUUCACCCGCGCCGAGUUCAUCAUCAGCGCCGCCACCGUCGUCGGCCUCAUCUUCCUCCCGCUCGCCAUAGUCUUCAAAGAAGAACUCUACCUCCUCAACAAGAAAAGGCAAGAUUCAUCAAACCUCCCUUCACAAGUCCAAAUCGUCGAACAAAAACCACCGCCGCCUCCACCGGCGGUGGCGGCACCACCACCGGAAAAUCUGGAAAUCUCAUGCUGGAAUCCGAAAAGCAUGUUUAAUCCACCGGCGCGAGGCGAUGACUACACGAUCCUCCAAGCGCUAUUCAGCCUCGACAUGCUUAUUCUGUUCUUCGCGACGAUUUGUGGCGUUGGCGGAACCCUAACCGCCAUCGACAACCUUGGCCAGAUCGGAGCGUCGCUAGGCUAUCCGAAAAAGAGUAUUAGCACAUUUGUUUCGCUCGUGAGCAUAUGGAAUUAUCUCGGUAGGGUCGUUUCGGGGUUCGGAUCGGAGCAUUUUUUGAAGAAGUACAAAUUUCCGCGGCCGAUGAUUCUGACUCUAACCCUCGUGAUUUCAUGCAUUGGCCAUUUGCUGAUCGCGUUUGAUGUUCCGAACGGGUUGUACGUGGCGUCCGUGAUCAUCGGGUUCUGCUUUGGGGCGCAGUGGCCGUUGCUGUUUGCGAUCAUUUCGGAGCUGUUCGGGCUGAAAUACUACUCGACGCUUUAUAAUUUCGGGUCGGUGGCGAGCCCCAUCGGGUUAUACUUGCUGAAUGUGAAGCUGACGGGGCAUCUGUAUGAUAAGGAGGCGCUGAAGCAGCUUCAGGCUGCGGGUCGGUCUCGGGUUGAGGGGGAGGAGCUGAAUUGCGAUGGCGCGGUGUGUUUUAAGUUGGCGUUUUUGGUUAUUGCGGCGGCGACGGCGUUCGGCGCGGUGGUUUCGCUCUUUCUGGUGGUGAGGACGAGGAAGUUUUAUAAGAGUGAUAUUUAUAAGAAGUUCCGGGAGGAGGCGGACGCGGCCGCCGACGAGAUGGCGCUGGCUCCCGCCAACGGUAACGCCGUUGUUUCCAAGUAAUACCUCUGUUUAUGUGUAUGAGAGAGAGAGAGAGUUUGAUUUGAUAAUAGAGAAAGUAUAUAGAGAGAUAGGGUUGAGAAAUAUUUCUGAAGAUUGUUAAUUUGUUCGCCCCAAAUGGAAUUUGAUUCUUGCACCUGCA